AUGAUAGAGGCGGAAAUCGUUGACAUUGAAGUGUAUGAUGUAAGAUUUCCAACAUCAAUGUGGCAGUUUGGAAAUGAUUCAAUGCAUACGAAUCCCAAUCACGCCUGCACGUAUGUAAUAAUCCACACUAACACGAAAUAUAAAGGAUAUGGCAUUGCAACUACUUUGGGAAGAGGAAAUGAAUUUGUGGUGCAAACAUGCAAGCUUCUGUUCAGAAACGUAAAGAAACGAACGACCACAGAAAUCUAUUCCAAUUUUGCAUCAUUUUGGAGACAAUUAACAACCGACGUGGAAUUUCGAUGGCUAGGAGCGGAAUGCGGUGUGGUACAUUUAGCUACAGCAGCUAUCGUGAACGCUUUAUGGGAUCUAUGGGCACGUAUUGAGGAUAAACCCGUCUGGAAGUUGCUGACUGAUAUGACACCCGAACAACUCGUUUCUACUGUGGAUUUUAGAUAUAUUAGAGAUGUGGUGACCGAGGAGGAGGCGAUAGAAAUGCUCAAGAAAGAUCAGUCGGGUAAAGAGAAAAGGAAGAAGAUAUUAGAAAGUAAAGGACAUCCAGCGUAUACGGCCGACAUCGGAUGGUCUUUCAGCAAUCAACAAUUUAGAAGUGCUUGUAAAAAAUUUAAGAAACUAGAAUUUAAGGAGUAUAAAAUAUAUGUAGGCCCGACUAUCCCCGUGAGCUGGAAGAAGUGUAAUCUCAUACGAAAUGUGAUAGGCAAGCGUAGUGACAAGAUAUUGAUAGUGGAUGCGAAUCAAUUCUGGGACAAGCACGAAGCAAUCUUUUCUGUGAAAGGUUUCAAUAAAAUGCGUCCCUAUUGCAUAGAAGAACCGACAUCUCCCGACGAUGUCCUGGGACACGUUGCGAUACGAGCUGCACUAAAAAAGUUGAAGUACUCAGUGCAAGUGAGUUGCGGCGAAACGUGCGCAAAUCGCGUCCUAUUCAAGCAAUUCUUGAAAUUUGGUGGAAUCGAUUUUUGGAACAUUAAUGUAGGCAGGCUCGGUGGAAUUAACGAAGCGUUAGCCGUAUACUUUAUGGCAAAAAAGCAUUCAAUACCAGUGUGGGGACAUGCUGGUGAAGUUGGCUCGGGCGAGAUGAUUCAACAUCUCCAAAUGUGGAAUUUUAUUUGCUUAAGUGAAUUCACGGAUAUUAAAAUAGAAUACAGAAGUCAUCAGCACGGAUACUUUGAAGAUCCUGUAUUUAUUAGAAACGCUGCUUACCUACUGCCUAACCGUCCAGGAUUUUCAACUCAGCUUAAGAACAAGUGCAUUAUGCGAUGGUCUUACCCGGAAGGUACAAGAUGGAAACAUUUGUUUGUAACAAAACGAUUCAAGAACGAACUCAAUUAUCAAAAAAAGUGA